AUGUGCGAGGAUUGCUUUCAUAUACAGCACGUCCGGAAUCCGGGACAUCAGAUAGGUCGAACAGUCCGGACGGCGCGAGACACGUCACCUACAGCAUCGCCGCGUUCUGUCGAGUCCAUUGAACAUGACAGGAGCCUCGUCUUAAACGCUUCGCCACCUUCACGCGAUAAUUGGCGCUGUUGUACCACCUGCUUCAAUUUCACUCCAGACUUCAUCACUCCCACCUGGGAAGGGGCUUAUUACGAUUGCUGGUGGUCGCAUCGGGAAUUGCGCAUGUCUCACUUCAAAGCCUCGGCGGCCAAGGGCUGCGAAUUGUGCUCGAUCGUUUACCGCGGGGCAUUGAAGGCGUUUGCAGACGUCGUGGCAGCCAACUCAAAGGUCAUGUUGUGGGUAUCAAAGCAGAAGCUUUCGGUCAAGGCCACCACCCGUGGAACGUGGCAACAUGUAGACUUCCAUACCAUGCCCGGCUUCCAGCCAAGAUGGAAUACACUUGAGCCAAAAGAGUAUCUAAGCAGGAGCCUUCAGGAUUCGCAAUGUUUCGACAAAAUAAGAAAGUGGUUGAGAGUCUGCGAGACCACCCAUAAACACCCGAAAUGUCGUCAAAGAGCAGAGUCUCCCCUGCCUCGUCGGGUUAUUACCAUUCAGCCUACCGAUGAGCCUCCAAAGUUGUGUCUCUAUGAAACAGAUGGCGCGACGGAGAAAUACAUUGCCCUCAGCCAUUGCUGGGGCGGCUUCAAAGGAUGCCAAUCCACCACCAGCAACUAUACCGAUCGCAUCAAGGGUAUCGAGUUCGCAAGUUUACCGCGAACCUUUCGAGAGGCCGUCAUUUUUGCACUGGAAAUUGGCGUCUUCAAUAUAUGGAUCGAUUCUCUCUGCAUCGUACAGGAUGACAAAGACGACUGGGAACGCGAAUCCGCCAAAAUGGCAGAUAUAUACUCGAAUGCCUACCUGGUCCUUGCCGCCGCAUCGGCAGAGGCAGACGACAAGGGCUUCUUCACGGUUCCGGAUAUCAUCUGCCGAGGAAUCGGCUUGGAAUCACAGGAGGGUAGUGCUCGAGAUGACCUGGUGAUGCACACCAGACUGGAGCACGACCUUUACACUGACGAUAUGCUUUCGCCGACUCCACUGAGCCCGAUCAGUCGCGGGCCCUUGGGCACCCGGGCCUGGACCUUGCAGGAAACGCUGCUCGCUCGCAGGUGCAUUGGUUUCAACGAGAAUGAAAUUGCCUGGGAAUGCUUCAGCGCUGUUGACUGCGAGUGUGGUGAGAGCAGAGAGACCUCCGCCAGCGAUCAUGCGUCAAAGAACAAUACAUCCCAAAUCAGGCACAGUGACUGGGUAUAUAAAGUCGGUGCCCGUCUAGAACUCGAUUAUGACAGUGUCAGUCUGCGAUACCAUUGUCGACCUCUUAGCCGGUUCGAUGAUAUAUCAACCACAUAUCUGGAAUGGCGAAUGAUGAUCAUCCCAAUCUAUACAAGGCGGCGACUCACAGUCCCUGGUGAUAAACUACCGGCUCUCUCAGCACUUGCUUGUAGCGUGGGUAAGUUCUCGGGGGAUCAGUAUCUCGCUGGUAUCUGGUUGGCUGAUAUCAGGCUUGGUCUGGCAUGGCGGGUGGGAGGAGAAUCGCAGAGAAGCCCAUCCCCAGCUCCAUCUACUUGGGUGGGCCCGUCAUUCUCUUGGGCCUCUGUUGACGGGGAGAUUGACUACUUGUUUUCAGCCCGAAUCUUGGAAGAUGGCGGUAGCUCGCCAUUUGGAUUCGUCGAUGUCAAUGUCCUCGAUUACGGUAUGGAAUUAUCGGGCUUGAACCCUUAUGGCGCUGUCAAAAGCGGCUGGAUAAAGCUCUCCGCGCUCUCUCAGACAUUCAAACUCGAAUGGGACUCGACAGAGGAGAGGUUUAAACUAAUCAACGAGUCGGAGUAUGAUUUGGAGAGUCUUCACUUCCAACCUGACACAGUGCUCUGCAAAUCUCACAUCAGCGGGCCCGAGAAUGAAGAGUAUGUAUCUGUGCUACGCUCGACCUCUAGGAACGGCAUCGAAUCAUCUUUGAAUGCUUCUGUUCAAGGGGCAUUCGUUCUAGAUGGGCCCGUGGAAUCAGGUGGAAGUGGGAGUUCUGAAAGAUCAGGCGGAAGUUCUACGGACAGUGUUGGGUCGCACUUGUCUCAUGAUAUUGUAAUGGUGGUACUCAGUUUAUUUUCCACAUGUCCAGACAAAUACCAGCGAAUCGGUUUGGCGACGGCAUCUUUGGAACCUGAGUCUGUUGGAAAAUGGUUGGAAAGCGCGACACGCAAGGAAUUCAUCAUCAUCUAA